AUGUCUUCCGUUUAUCCUCCUGUGACACCACCCCCUGGAGGGUCCUCCUCCGCACCAGAAAUCCCGAUAAACACCAGUCGAAGAGGAGUAGGAAGGCCUUCAUUCACCGUGGCGCCAAUCCCCAUUUCUUCCUCGUCCUCCUUUUCAUUCCAUUCCUCGUCCUCCUCUUCCCCGCCUGCUUCCAGCACGCAUACGCCAUCAUCAUCAUUCCCGCUACGCCACUGUCGACCGACGACUGCGAGUUCGCAGUUGCGCCAGAUGGCGCAUUACAGGAGUUAUCAGGGACACCAGCUGCGGGGUUCCUCGGGUCCAAAUUCCUCCUCCUCGUCGACUGUGUCAACGCCGGGGUCGAGUUUUCCUCUGCGGCCUGUUCCUGGUUUUGGUACGGCGGCGGCAGCUUCGGAGGAGAGGAUGAAGGUGUCGACCUUCCGUGGUCCGAUGGGGUCGACGACUCCAUUCUCGUUUUCAUUUCCUCCUUCUACUGCGCCUCGGACUGUUGCUCCUACUACUUCUUCGAGACCCGCAAGCUCGAGCUGUUGGAACAAGUUGCCUCGUGAAGGCGUUCAUCGACCGUCGGAACAGGGGUCGUCGGAUGUACCGGCUACGCCUCGUGCACCAGGUCGAGGUGAACGAGGUUUCCAAACUUCGAGUUUGGAGUCGUCGAGUUCGAAGGCCUCUCCGACUCGAUCGAGUUUUUGGCGGGACGUGCUAGGGGACGAGGAUUCUCCCGUCGUUUCGACUUCUUCCUCCUUGUCCCACUCCCAUUCUCGAUCUCAUUCACAAACGUAUCUCCAAUCCCAACCACAGACCUCAUUACCCUCCGCCAAUUCUUCAUCCGAGCACGACGCCACACAUCUUAUCCGACGACAUCCCCCUACGUCCUCUUCCAUUCCCACUUCCACAGAGAAACGACCUUUGUCCCCGACCACUGCGUGUACUGGCCAAUCCCCUUCCGAACAUGGCCCUCGUGUCCGGAAAAAGAGGAAGCUAGCCCACCGCUCCCGCCUACCCUCCAUCUCUCGUCUCUUCACUGAUGUCUUGCACUUGAACGUUGAGGGGGAGCCUGUUCCCAAAUGGGAGAGUCUGGAGAGUGUGAUGGAUAGGAAGGGGCAGUUGCCUGAGGUUGUGCAUUUCAAGAUUAACGCCAAGACGUCUAUCGUGCUUCAGGAAUGCCUCGUCGAAUUGGACGAGGACCCGCCGUUGGUCAACUAUGGACAUGGUGGCUCUGGGACAGGAGCGAGCGGGAAUCAGAACAAGCGCCCAAGUCACGGCAGUGCCGGCAUUAUUGCGCCCAAUUCGGCCCGGGAAGGCCAGUCGCGUGCUGCGAACCUCAAGACCCAAAGUCCUUCGAGGUUGGACUCGCAACCUGGUGGUUUGAAGGUCCAGCAUGGUUCGGUGGUCCAACAGAGCGCGAAUUCGAAGGCGUCGAAUUUGAAGGCCCAGAAGAAGUCUACUAAACGCCGGGAGCCUGAGCCGGAGCAACAUGAAUUCUUGACGCACAAACAAGAAUGGUUCAUGUACCAUCUUGGUGAGAUUGUUCGACAGGAUGCGGCUACGCCUAAUAUUAGCCAUCGGAUGUGCGAGGCGUGGUUGGACUACUUGGGCGUGUAG